AUGGAUUACACUUUUUCAGAUUUAACUGAUCUUGUAAUUUCAUGUUUUGGACAGUCAGAGCUGGGGGUUACUGCGGCAGAGCUUCUAGUGCACCCUCACCUUCAGCCUUACGUUCUAAAGAUUCAACACAAAAUUAACAGCCCCAGACGCAAUAGUUUAUCAGUCAGCUGGCGGUCGGAAACCAACUACAUGAAAAAAACUAGAUUUACAGAGCCAGAAGAUGUUCGUCUUACCACGUACAGAGAGAAAAGGCAGUCAUUCAGCAAUGAUAGGACUUUGAAUCCAAGUGUAUCUGGAGCUGAGCAAGAUACAACAUUUGAUAAGAAAAUUACUCCAAAAGCUUCAGAUAUUGUCAAGGCUCCAAAAUUGACUCCAAGGAAUUCUCCUGCUACUCCUAAGAAACUAGCAGAGCUGUCAAAGAAUCGCGAAUCGUUUCAAGCUUCACGAACUCCAGCCAAAAAAGCUGUUCCCACAAAUCGUAGAGCAUCAUUGCCAUUUCCUACAAGAGCUGCAGUUGAAGGAUCACCUUGCACGCCCUAUAUUGGAAUUAACUCUCCGGAUGUUUCUGUCAAUUCCCCUCGAAUUGACAGGAUUGCUGAAUUCCCAAUGACCUCAUAUGAAAGUCCCUUCCUCCCUGUUCGUAGAACUUCAUCAACCUCUGCACAAGGCUCAAACUCACCACCACAAGGCGACCAUUCGAUCUUGAAGGAUAAAUGUAUGGUUCAGGUGUGCAAUAGAACCUUUGGCAGGCUGAGUUUCACCGAUGCUUGGCAGGGAAUGGAAGGCACGGCAUGCAAGUUGGAUGGGGAGGACAUUGGAAGUGAGGGCUCUAAUCAAAAUGCUACAGCCGGGGCAUCAAGUCGAACCUCAUCAGACUUGCGCCGCAGGCGAUUUGACACCUCAUCUUACCAGCAGCGAGCUGAGGCUUUGGAAGGGUUGCUUGAAUUCAGUGCAAGGCUGUUGCAAGACGAAAGGUUUGACGAAUUGGGGGUGUUAUUGAAGCCGUUUGGGCCAGGAAAGGCUUCUCCCAGAGAAACUGCUAUCUGGUUGACUAAGAGCUUCAAGGAGAACACAGUGAAGCAGGAAGAUCAAUGCCAAGAACACCUGACACAGGUACUUUAAUUGUUGCUGUAACAAAUUAUAGAGUUUACAGAUUUUAUUAUUGGCAUUGAGAUAGGCAAUAUGGAUUUGAUUUUCGGAAAAAGGGAAUGAAGGAAUAGGAUUUUUUUUUUUUUUGAAUUUGUAUGUAGGUAAUCUGACAUGGGCAUUUAGGAUUCUGUAGAGGCUACAAAGCAAAUGCCAGACUUCUUUUCUUUUGCCCGUUUUCUUAAUUCUGUGUUAUGUUUGGGAGCGCAAUACAUCCUCCAAAUUUGAAGGUGCUGAAUGAAAUUUAUGU